AUGAACAAUCAGAGAGGGCAAAGGUACCUUAUAGUGAUUGAUGAUGUUUGGACUGUACGAGCGUGGGAAGUAAUCCAAUCCAAGUUCCUAGAGAACAAGGGCGGUAGAAUCAUCGUGACCACUCGGAUAGAUACAGUGGCCAAUGCAUGCAGCCCUGAUAGUAUUAAUAGCCACUGCAAGUACAUUCACAAGAUGGAACCCCUCAAGCUUGAAGAUUUGAAGAAGUUGUUUGUUAGCAGAGUGUUUGGAUCCAUGGAUGCCUCUUACCCCAAAGAAUUUGAAGAUGUAAUGGGCGACAUCUUGAAAAAUGUGGUGGGCUGCCAUUGGCCAUUGUCAGCAUCGCUUAGUGUUUUGGUUGGGUACAAAUCACCUGGAAGCAAAGACAAGUGGGAUAGAGUUUGCAAAUCACUUGGUUCACAGAUGGAGAGCCACCCUACCCUUGAGGGGAUGAAGCAUAUAGUCACGCAUGUUCGUUCACUGAGCAUGUUCCACCUCCGUGGGCAGUACAAGCUCCUGAAAAAUCUUGGUAGCUUCGCCUCUUGA